AUGGUUCCUAAACGUGCCCUUCUCCCGACAGCCUUGGUUAACAUUCUCGAUGCUCAUGGAAAUAACCAGGUGUGUCGUGUUCUCAUCGACGGAGGAGGUGAGUGUACCAUGAUCAGCGAGGAUUGUGCGCAACGUCUCUUAUUGCCACGAUCAAAUGCGAAAAUUCCUGUGACAGGAGCCGCUGAAGUGACAGUUGGCUACACAAGGGGGCUUGUGCAUCUCAGCAUGAGUUCUAUUCACGAUGAAGAUAGCAAGUUGCAGGCGGAAGCUUACGUCAUGCAGAAGCUUACCGCAUUUCUACCAUCAGUUCCCAUAUCUCACAUGUCAUGGCCUCACAUUGAUUCUCUAAAGCUGGCUGAUCCUGGCUACAAGACACCAGGGAAAAUUGAUGUGAUCUUGGGAGGUGAAUAUGUGCCUUACAUUACCCUUCCACAAAUUCUCAAGGGGAACAAUGAUGAACCGGUGGCCCAGUUGACCAUCUUUGGGUGGACAGCAGCUGGGAAAAUUCCUUCUGAGGUGCGUGGAUUCACAUCGAUGCACACUCACUGCGACUUGGACGACUCUCUCAAGAAGUUCUGGAUGUCUGAAAAUGUUCCAUCAGACAAAAAGAAAUGCUACACCAAGGAAGAACAGUUUUGCGAAGAUCACUUUGCAAAAACACAUACACGAGAUGAAUCUGGACGCUAUGUGGUCGAACUAGCAUUCAAAGAAGAUCACGAAGAGUUGGGUGACUCAUCAAAGGCAGCACUGGCGCGCCUCCAGACAAUGGAGCGACGAUUUGCUCGCGAUCCUGAAUUCAAAGCUGAGUACAUAAAGUUCAUGGAUGAGUACCUGCAGUUGGGGCAUAUGGAGGAGGUUCCAUACGAUCAGCUGUACAAACCACACAACAAGAGGUAUUUCCUACCACAUCAGGCGGUGCUGAGGCCGAGUAGCGAAACAACGAAACUCAGAGUUGUCUUCGAUGCCUCAGCUCCCACUCCUCCUAACAACAAAUCGCUAAACGACAAUCUUGCUGUCGGUCCAGUUCUCCAAGACGACCUAUUCACCAUUCUUGUGCGACACAGGACUUAUGUUAUCGCCUUCUGUGCCGAUGCGGAGAAAAUGUACCGACAGAUUGGUGUUGCUAUUGAAUAUCGUGACUACCUAUCUCUCUUUUGGCGGCCAGACCCAUCCCAAAAGAUACGACAAUACAGGCUGAAAACUGUGACGUAUGGCACGUCCAGUGCACCGUACUUGGCAACCAAGGUACUUCAGCAAAUCGCACUCGACUAUGCAUCUGAGUUUCCGGAAGCAGCAAGGGCCAUCCUUAGCUGUUUCUACAUGGACGAUCUCCUCUGUGGAGCCUCGAACUUGGAAGAGGCAAAGAAGCUCUGUAAGGACAUUCAAGAGGUUUUGCAGCGCGCGAAGUUUACAUUGAGGAAAUGGUGUUCAAACUCCAGUGAACUUCUUGCCGAUAUACCAUCACACUUGCAAGCACUGUCUCCUGAAGAAGUCACAGCACAGUCCAAGACAAUUACAGCACUUGGGCUACAAUGGGCACCUGGGCCGGAUGAGCUCUCGAUUCUCACUGAAGCUCUUCCGCAGGUCAUCACAAAAAGGGAGUUUUGCGCUGCAGCAGCCAAAAUCUUUGAUCCACUGGGAUUUCUCUCACCUUUCACGGUAAAACUCAAAAUGAUGUUUCAAUCGCUAUGGCUCUCUGGAAUGGGCUGGGACGAUGCCCUGCCUCAAGAACUUGUGGAUACAUACGAAGACUUCAGGACGCAGUACAGCGCUCUCAAGGAACUCAAAAUUAGACGAAACAUACCAUCAAAGGGCGGAGUCAUUGAACUGCACGGUUUUGCGGAUGCUUCCGAACGUGCAUUUGGCGCCGUAGUCUACGCAAAAGGGGAAGAUUCUGAAGGCAAUCCUGUGAUUGCUAUCGUCACCGCCAAGUCACGGGUGGCUCCCGUGAAAAUUGUGUCGAUUCCACGCUUGGAAUUGAAUGCCUGUCUGCUACUAGCAACACUCUUGGACAAAGUGAAAGAUGCCAUUACCAAUUUCGAAGUCAAAGUUCAUGCAUGGUCUGAUUCCAUGGUCGCUCUUCAAUGGAUACAAGAUUCUCCGAAGAGGUGGACUCCCUACGUGGCAAAUCGUGUGAGUAUGAUCCAGGAUUAUUUCCCACCAAGCAUUUGGCGCCACGUAUCCACUUUAGACAAUCCCGCGGACUGUGUCUCGCGUGGCUUGUCCCCUACUGAACUGAAGGAUCAUCAUCUCUGGUGGCAAGGCCCUCAGUGGUUGCUAGAGGAGGAAUCCAAUUGGCCAAAAACUGAAAUCAAGAAGUCCACAACAAAGGAAGAGCGAACUUUACCAGUGAAAGUGUUUGUUACUCAGAAUCCAACUGGUUUUAUUGAGGAUCUCAUUGACAAGCACUCCAAUUUCUUAGACAUCGUACGUAUUCUCGCAUGGGUGAAGAGGUAUGUGCAUAACCUUCGCCAACGCGCACGAAAGCAGCAAGUACAAACAGGAGAACUUCUCGUGCGUGAACUCAACAGUGCAACGUACACCAUUUGUGCUCAUAUUCAGCAGUAUUCUUUCCCAGAUGAGUACAAAUGUUGCCUCAAAUCGAAACCAGUGUCUCUGAAAAGCAAGUUGAAAACGUUCGUGCCAUUCUUGGACGAAUUUGGCGUCAUGAGAACAAAAGGACGUCUCCGCAACGCAGAUGUGUCGGAUGCAACGCGCCAUCCCAUCAUUCUCCCAUCAAAUCACAAGUUUGUCAAAGAGCUUGUCACUCACACACACCAAACAUAUCUCCAUGCAGGCCCUACACUCAUCAUGAGUAUUCUAUCAGCCACAUACAAUAUCAUUGGGGCGCGAAAUCUCGUCAGGAAGGUUUAUCAGCAGUGUGUGGUGUGUUUCCGGCAGAAACCUCGAAUGGAAACUCCUCUCAUGGGAGAUUUGCCGGCAGUCCGGGUGCAAGAAAACAGGCCAUUCUACAAUACUGGGUGUGAUUUUGCCGGUCCUUUCAACUUCCGCAACACCUAUCUCAGGAAAUCCGUGAUCACAAAAGGCUACAUCUGCAUUUUCGUGUGUAUGGCCACCAAAAUGGUUCAUCUUGAGGCUGUCACGGAUUUGAGUACAGAAAGGUUCAUCGCAGCUCUGCGGCGUUUCAUGUCCCGUCGGGGAAUUUGUGGCACUAUCUACUGUGACAAUGCCACGAAUUUUGUUGGUGCCACUGGAGCUACGCGGGAGGAGAGAAUGGAAGGAGUCCGCAUUCACAACGGGAAAGUUGUCAAGCUCAUGUCCUCUUUGGGGACAGCGUUCCAUUACAUUCCAUCGUAUUCUCCAACUUUCGGAGGUCUAUGGGAGCGAGGUGUUGGCAGCAGCAAAACUCUCCUCCGCAAAGUCAUUGGGGAUACAGCUCUCACAUAUGAAGAAUUUUCAACCAUUCUCUGCCAGGUGGAGGCAUGCCUCAACUCAAGGCCAUUGUGUGCCAAAUCUUCAGCUCCGGACGACCUGGAGCCACUUACGCCAUCGCAUUUCGCUGUGGGACAUGCUCUGACUCUGCCACCUGGUCCAGAACUGAUGGACAUGAAUCCCAAUUUAUUGACUCGUUGGAACCUCAUCCAGAGAUUUCUUCAGCACUUCUGGCAUCGAUGGCAUUCGGAGUACAUCACUUCAUUGCAGAAUCGCCCAAAGUGUUAUCGCAACACAAAGAAUCUCGAAGUGGGUGAUUUGGUUGUACUUCGUGAACCCAACUUGAAGCCUUCUCAAUGGAAAUUGGGGAGAAUCAUUUCUACAAAGCCCGACAAGGAGAACGUCGUUCGUGUCGUGGUCAUCAAAACUCAGGACAAUAUUCAGCAGCGUGCCGUCAGUACUCUCGCCAAGCUUCCCGUUCCAAUCAAGGAUUUUGAGAUGAACUCAAUGGGGGGAAUAUGUGCGCGACUGUCCAAGGACAAUUCCGCACAGUAG